AUGUUCAACACAAAUUUCUUUACUUUAUUUUAUAUUUUACUUUUGUGUUUAAAGUUUUCUUUUGUCAAUUCUCGAAAAUAUAAAUACGAAUCUAGUUAUUCUUUUCUUUCUUUACUUAAUGAAAAUAAUUUGGAAGGAAGAAGAUUUUGCAUAAAUUAUCAACAAUGGAAGCAAAAAGAAUUGCCAUCGUCCUUUGAAGAGGCGCCAAUUUUUAACCUCUUUUGGUGGAACAAAAUAAAUAAUACCAACAUUUGUGAAGGAUAUAAUGAAUUUAAAUUUCCCUCAAAUUCCAUCGUUCCGGCCGAUUAUAUAACUGAAUUUAACAAAUUACGUAAAUUAUGUAGUGAACAGCCAGGAUUUAAUUAUUCUGAUCCAAAUUCUGUUAGAAACGAGGUUAAAAUAAUGAUGGCUGCUUCUAUUAAAAAUAUUCUUUUUUUGGUUGAAAAGGGAAAGAAAAAUGCUUAUGAUUUACACAAUUAUUUGUUCACUCAUUUCUACAACGCUGAACUUAAUAGCAUUAAAGACAAAUCUUUAAAUGUUUUUUAUUUACUUUCUAAAACUGGCAAACUGAAAAUUUAUCAACCCAAAUCUUUAUUUCCAAUGGACCCAGCCGUCGUUGUUCUUUGGGGUUUUGCAUUUAUUUCAAUUCUUAUAGGUUCUAUUUGGUCUGUUUUGGACAUUAAAAAUAAAUUAGCCAAAUAUGUUAACACAGCACUAGAAGAUUUACAGUUAAAUCAGAAUGCUUCUUUACCAUUAUCUACAGAAGCUUCUUUUACACAAAUUACGGAAAUUAGCGUUAAUUCUACAACACAAAAUGAAAGGUUUUCCACAACACAAAAUUCCACAGCACAAAAUGAAAGAAAACGUUCUUCACAAAGCUCUGAACUUGCAAAUAUGAGUGUUUGGCAGCAUUGUAUUUCAGUUUUUAUUGCUUUAUCUUUUGUUGUUUUUAUAUUAAUGUUUGCCUUUUUCUUUAGAGAUUAUGCUGUAAAUGGUUUCAAUUUCUUUUUAAUUUUCCUUGGUUCUAUAGCAAUUAAAAGUUGUUUUUAUGCUAUUUUGCAAUAUUUAUUGAAUGGUUAUGAAUACGAAAUGUUUUCUCUACGACAAAUAUUUUUUUGUUUUAAUAAAAGAAGAGAAGAAUUAAAUAAUCAACAAAAUGCUCAAAAUUCAUCGAAUUCCCUUCAACAACAACAAAAUUCUUCCAAAAAGUCUUUUUUGGAUAAUCCAUUUAAAUUAUUUUCAACCCUCUCUUUCAUUUUUUCUUUGGGUAUUUGUCUCUACUGGUUUUAUAUUCGAAACAAAUAUUAUGCAUUUUAUUUGUUAGAUUUUAUCAAUAUUACUAUUUGUAUUUAUGCAAUUAGAUUUAGCAGAAUUAGAAGUUUACGGUUAAUUACUUUCUUUUUACUUGCCUUUUUUGUUUAUGAUCUUUUUAUGGUUUUUGGAACUCGUUUACUUACUUCAGAUGGAUGUUCUGUUAUGUUACAGGUAGUUACGGGUACUGAUUGUCAACCAACAAGAUUACCGGAAGGUGAAUUUCAACCAGUUGCUCCCAUUGAUAUAAAAACAAAAAUACCUGAAAAGCUUCCAUUGCUUUUUUACGUGCCUUUAUUAGCUGAUCCUAUGGCUGAAUGUUUUGAUAUACAAGUCGAAAGAGAAUUUAAAAAUGUUUUGCUCGGGUAUUUGAUUGCCUAUUGUUUUUAUGUUGAUUUAAUUAAAAAGAGUAAAUUUCAUUUGUAUGGAUUAAUCUCUUUAAUUGGUUAUUCUUUUGGAAUGUUCUGUACUUUUGUUGCUUUACUUUUAAUGGAAACUGGCCAACCUGCCUUGAUUUAUUUGAUACCUUUCACUUUAAUACCCGUUUGUCUUUGCGGAUUUUUUGAAGGUACACUUGGAAAAAUGUGGAGAGGAGAAAUUUAA